AUAAGACGAAUGGUCAAAUGUUGGACACGGAAACUCAGGAAUUGAGUUAUUUUAGAACGGAGGGAGUAGCUAACAACCAGCAGAUUCCCAGAAUUUUAAACUCCCCUAAACAGGUCUUGGACUCAGGCUAUAGUUGACGCAGGAAAAUAGACUUCUUCCAACCAUUUAUAUUGGUAACAUAUUAUUUGGCCCAUAUGGAAAACAGGCUUUUCAAGACGACACAAAGAUGGGUUUUACGGCCUUUUUAUAUUGGGGCUACAUUAGGCCCACGACCGGUUAAGAAGACCCAAUGUUCGUGACGGGAUUAAAAAAGGCCCAGCAUGGUAAGGCCCGUUCAUAUUCUUCCCAAGCCCAAAGGUGAGCCCAUUACUCCGCAACCCAAAUUCACGUGGAAACUAGCCGCGCCAAUUUGAAACCAAACCCAAAUUGUGAAACCCAAACCCUCGGCGAGCUCGCCGGCGAUGCGGCCGGCGGCGCCGGCAAGGCAUCCGUCCGCCGCCGCCUCCUCCUCCUCCUCCACCAACAGCCAGCAAGAGCCGCGCCCGGAGAACCCCCUCCUCCUCCUCCCCUCCUCCCGCGCCGGCAAGCUCUCCCUCGGCUGCCCCGUCCUCGACCGCCUCCUCUCCGGCGGCCUCCCGCCCGCCUCCGUCACCGAGAUCGCCGGCGAGUCCGCCUCCGGGAAGACCCAGCUCUGCCUCCAGCUCGCCCUCCUCGCCCCGCUCUCCCCGCUCUCCGCCUCCUGCCUCUUCCUCCACUCCGACCUCCCCUUCCCCCUCCGCCGCCUCCGCGGCCUCGCCCCCAAAUCCCGCCCCGAUCUCCUCGACCACGUCCUCGUCGCCGCCGCCCACUCCCCGUCCGACCUCAUCUCCCUCCUCUCCCGCGCCCAGCGCCUCCUCGCCCACCCCGGCCGCCUACCCCCCGUCCGCCUCAUCCUCGUCGACUCCAUCGCCUCCCUUUUCCGCGCCGACUUCGACGCCUCGCCCGCCGACCUCAAGCGCCGCUCCGCGCUCUUCUUCCGGAUAUCCGCGAAGCUGAAGGAGCUGGCGCACAGGCACCGGUGCGUGGUGGUGGUGACCAACCAGGUGGUGGACGUGGUGGAGGGGGAGGCCGGGAACACCGUGGCGUGGUCGUCGGGGCGCCGGGUGAGCCCCGCGCUGGGGAUCGCCUGGGCCAACUGCGUCAACACCCGGCUGUUCCUGACCCGGGACGCGGAUGGCCGCGGCUGCGCGAGGAGGCGGAUGAAGGUGGCAUUCGCGCCGCACCUGCCGGAGCGGGCGUGCGAGUUUGUGAUACGGAGGGACGGCGUGUUCGGCGUCGAGCCGUCGGGAAGGUAAGGAGAGUUCUCGGUCCUUUUGGGCGUUCAUGUAAUGGUCGUGAUGUGUUCGACGAAAUGUCUGCAUGGUUGAUUGGAUCUAGUAGCGUUUUUACUUGAACUAUGCAAUUCAUGAAAUGGCUGGAAAGGCAUGUAAAUUAAUUAACCUCAUUGCAAUACAAUGUCCAGCUAGUUAAGGUUUUUUGGGGGGCCUAGGUACUCUUCUGGGAGAAAAAUAUUUUGUCUACGUCUAGAAGUCUGGAGACAGACUACUAGGUUCUUGUCUACUUGUCUUAUUGCAUGGUUGGUUGAACUUUCAACGGUACUUGUUAUGUACUUUGGUGAAAGAUUAAUGUUUUCUGUGUAAUUUGUCAAAAGUUAACCAUAAAAAGAUAAUAAUGAGAAAGCUGAUGUUUCCAAAGGUUGUUAUUGUUGUACAGCACACUUUUGAAUCAGCAACCAUCAGAAGUUGUGAACUCUCUUUCAAUUGUGACAUUAGCCGCCUAAAGUAAUUAAAUUACUGUGCUCAUGUGUGAUUACUGGUGCGUUGUGGGUAUAAAAGGUCAAAAUAUGAGAUAUCAUGUUAAGAAUAUAACAAAGAUUCAAAGAAAGCAUUUAGUUCUAGAUUUGCUAAUUGUGUAACUUUGGUAGCAUGCAUGUUCCAUUUAUAAAUAUACCAACAUUUUAAUGCAAAUAACCAAUUUGCGCUGUUCCAUUUUUUUGCAUUGUGAAAAAAAAAUCUGCACAUGAAACAUAUUUUGACAAGUUUAGCAUUGAGUUGGCUAAUUGAGCAAAAAUGCACUACUUGCAUAUAUGAAUUGAAGUGGCCCCAUUGACCAAACUAAAAUGUGUUGCAGCUACAGAUGAACACUUAUGUGUUGCUCUAAUCUUAUCUUGCUUUCUUCAAUGAUGAACUACAUACUAAAAACUAGGUUACGUUCACUCUAAUUAUUCAAAUCGGGUCAAAUAAUUAUAAUAAUCAUAAUUCUACUAAGUUUCAUCAUGCAGUUUCUUCUUUUGAACCUGUCAUUUGACAGUAUAAAUUAUCCUUGAAUUGAGGUGCUCUUUAUCAAGAGGAUGAGCUGUACUUUCAUUUUUUUUUUCAAUUUGACGAGUUAGCUGAGUGCUUAGGCCUAGUGGAGCAGCUUUAAGGGGUAAAUAUUUUAAAGUAGAAGACAAAGCUAAUCCAUUAUUGAUGUAAAAUAAUAUUCCAGUUUGAACUGGAUGCUUCACUCUCCAUUUUAAUGAAUACGCUUGAUAAUUUUUGACGUUGUCUUGUGAUUGUGCCACUAUGCGUUGCUUUGGUAUUGUGAUGACUAAAGCAUUAUUGCAUCACACUCACACACUCGUGCUGUAUUCUGUUUCUAUACUCUUCCUUUUUUUAGAUAAUGUUCUAUACUCUUCCUACUAGAGACAAACUUCAUUUGUGUCUGACACUUCGUUAUUGCCUAAUUCUGUAUCCACAUAAGGAUAUUUUACAUUCAUUUUACCUGGAUCAGAUUGGGCAAAAUUUCCCCCUAUAAUCAAUCCUUUGAUUUGGACUGGUGAAAUGUCCUCUUCAAACAGUCCAUGAAGCAAUUCAAUGGACCAGUACCUCCUGUGACCAUAACUCAAGGCUCCAGUGCCACCGCGUACUAGGGAAGGAACCAAUUGUCCUUUACCUCUCUUGGAUUCUCUCAGGAGGGACUUCUAGAGUUGCACUGAUGAACACAUAUUUGUUGAUGGAUAGUUUACUUCAUGUACUAUGUGUGUCGGGUUGGAUUGUCGUACUGGUACAUGAAGACUUGGAAGAGGCCCGAUGUAUCAAUUUUGAUUGUUUGCAUCUAGGUUCUUCAUUUGUUUCUUUCUUGAACAUCCUAUAGUCUGGUUUACAAAUAGGUGUUUAACCUCCCUAUCGCAGAAUUAAUAGCACAAGCCUUUCGUCUAUUAAUAGAUUCCUAAUCACGUUCUGUGUUGUGAAUCUGAUAUGCUAUAUAUCUAAAGCAGAGUUUGCUACAAUAGUAGUUCUCUCAGAUCCCUAAAUUUUCUUACCUGAUUGUUGUAACUCUUGGAAAAUAAUAUAAGAUCGAUCCUAGCAGUCGAUUCACCGAACUGGAUAGUUCAUUGUCGCCAUUCCAGAACUGAAAAAAUAUAUCAGCUCUAUAUCUAUUUAUAGUUCAAGCCUUUUUUAGUCAGAUCAGGCAUAACAAUGGGUUAACAGCCUAACAUGUGCAUAUGGGGACCAGAUAAUUUAUACACAUUUGGGCUUCUUAGAUUUAAAUCUGUUCUAGUGGGACAUCGUCCAUGUUUAGCCUGUAAAGAAUUCCCGGUACAAUGCCAGGUUAGCCCUGUGUUUAAUUUGGCCUUGUGCCCCUGUCCCCUCUCUUCCUUACAAACACAGUACCAUGCACAGCACAUCAAACAACAAUCCAGAUGUGAAAGCUCAUAGAAUUGUCUACAGAACGGACAAGAAAGGCUCAAAGCAACCAACAUAAGCAAUGCAUGCCAUACAUAUCUAGAAGCAUAAUUACAACUAUGUUAGGUGCACCUGAAUUCAUGGGUGAGCAGAUGGACAACGAGGAGCUCAACCUAAGUUUGUCGCUCCAGCCAUCAUAUCCUUCAAGGUUUCAGACAGAGUUUUCGUGUUGCUACUGUCCUAAGAGGUUCCAGAGCUCUCAGGCAUUAGGUGGCCACCAGAAUGCACACAAGCUCCAGCGUAACCUUGCGAAGAGGAAUCGAGAGGCUUUUCUAUCAAUAAGCCAAAGGAAGGGUGCAAAUGCUGGAAUAAAGGAUGGAAGCUCUGCACUCUCUGCUGAGUCUAUCUGCAAAAUUUCAAGUGGAAAGAAGCAUCAUAAAGAGGCCUGGCAGGUGAUGCAGGGAUCAUGUGGUUCAUCAUCAUCUGGUACAGUGAUGCACAAAUCUAUCGAACAGGAUGUAGAAGACGAAGAUCUAUCAAAUGGGACGAUUGAUCUGUCCUUAAAGUUAUGAUAUGUUAUUUGUUUCUUAUUUGCAUCAUCAUCUGAAUUUUUGUGGGCUACUUUUAUGUGUACCAUCACCUGCAAUUGUUUGGGAUCAUCCUAUGAUGGGUAUCUUUAUGGAUCCAGUAGUUUCAUAUACAAGGAGGGUCGUUGGUUAGAAAAAGUGAUCUUUCCUUGGUUCCAUACUUGUAGAUACAUUUUGAAUAAACUAUCCCGACCUGUAGCUUUGCAGAACAUUUGAGUUAUGUCCUUGUAUUGCCAGUUAUUGGUUUAUGAACAUGUUCGAGUGCUCUGAUUAACGUGCUGAAAGGAUCAACGAAAUUUAUGUGCAUGUUCCUAGUUACAGGAACUACUAACUAGCAUCUUGCUUCAAUCUGGCUGUUCCAUGAAGGGGUCCAGAUGAUUCCAUAUUCCAAAGUACAUUGUCUGAUGCACAUUCUUCUUGAGAAAGGCACCAUUAUUUUCUUCACUACCAGAUCAGUACUUGAUGAGUGCAAGAUCGGAGCAUUCAGAUGAUUGUUGCAGCACUCUUUGCAAUCAGAUCAAUUUAAAAGUUGCUUGUCUUCUGUAUGCGGUCCCAAAGUUGUUCUGAGAUGAAGUUUCUCACAUAUUGUAUCAGAACAUGGAAGCCUACAUAGAUUGAAACUGCAGCACCUGUGGUUUCUUUGACAGUAAGAUGCUCUUAUCCUGCUAUACCCUUUCAGGCAAGUUGUGCUUGCAGACAUGGAGCUACUACUAGUUUACUAGCACCACAUGAUUCCAUCCAGAUUCACAUGUCUAGAGUAACUAUUUUUUGCUACAUGGGCUUAAAGAUUUGUGGCAUGUAUGCCACCUAAUUUGAACACAAAAGGAGGUCAGUUAAAGUUUCCCAAUCUUUCUUAUCUAGUGAACUUGUUUAUGCAAUAGUAUCUUGGUACAAUUGGAAUCAGUGCACUGUCCUGAAUGGCUUCUCAACAUGCUAUUUCUGCACCGCAUUUUUUUUUGUCCUAGCUAGAUUGAUUUCAGCAUUUUCUAGUAACAGUUUUUCUUUUAUAUAUAUGUCUGGUUUUGGGGCAUUGAAUUUUAUGCUCUGGGUGGUCUACGGUCCAAAUGCAAGAAAUGAGCUUUUGCUCCUGCUGAUCUUCCCUAUCGAUUUUCUCGUCACCUUCUGUGCGAAUAGCUGUGGCGCGCUUGGCUGUGAACUUUGUGGCAAUCGCUGCUUGACAGCUUUGGUUCGUGUAUCUCUGCACAUUACUGCUACUGUAUCAUUUAUUUUUCACCAAUCAUCCAUCCUGUUGUUCGCAUCUCUACAAAAAGUUCAGAUAAAAUUGCCCGGCUAAUUAUUUUUA